CCGUGUGUGUGUUGGUCUGCGGCGCUGGCCCCUGCUCUAUCGGACAAACAAGAACAUGAGACGUCGGCCCCGCAGCAGGAGUCAAACCCAAGGAACAAGAUGAUCAAGCAGAGUCCCUGGGCCCCGGAAGGCUCCGACGGUGCAGAGGAGAGCUCCACCGCCGGGACCCUCACCCCGCAGACCACCCUGGACCAGGCCGCCUACGUGGAGCCGCAGGACGGCCUGAAGUUCCCUGUGCCUCCCGGGCCCUCCAGCACCACCACGACAACCGGCCCAGGGCAGCAGCCAUGUCAACACGAACAAGCCCAGGCAAAGAUAAGAAUGGAACUGGAAGUCGGUGAGCCCCAGGAUGAAGGCGGGACUGCCAAAGCCAUAAUGCCCACGGCCUCUCUUUGCAACACAGGAAAACGGAAACGCUUUAGACCUGGUUCCUCCCCAGAUCCCCUAACAGGCGAUAUGAGGUGCCGCAAUGACACCUCACUCUCUUUGCUGACACGGAGGUUUAUAGAACUGCUAAAGGAGUCCUCCAAUGGCGUGAUCAACCUAAACUCAGUCACCCUUCAGCUCAAUGUCGCCAAGAGGCGUAUCUACGAUAUCACCAACGUCCUUGAGGGGAUCCAGAUCAUCAGAAAGAAGUCCAAAAACUAUUUUGAGUGGAUGUGUUCUCCAAUCAGUAGGGAAGAUGCUGAAGAAAUGGAGGCUCUCAGUGAGCAGGAGAGGAAGCUGGACGAGGCGAUUGAAAUCUGUAUGUUCAAAGUUCAGCAGAUGUGGGCGAACGGGAAAAAUCAGAAAUAUCCUUUAUUUGCCUAUUUGACGCAUGAGGAUGUUCAGAUGAUCCCAAGUCUGAAAACACAGACUGUGAUUGUGAUCAAAGCUCCUCCAGAGACAAAACUGGAGGUCCCACAUCCAGAGGAGAGGCUCCAGGUCCACCUCCGAAGCACCCGGGGGCCCAUUGAUGUGCUCGUCUGCUCCGAUGACCCCAACUCUUCGGCCGGCAGAGAUGUCUCUGUGGCCAAUGACAGCCACUCAAAGUUGUCCACCACCCAUGUGUCUUCCAAACAUGAUGCUAACAAUUCACCCGGAAUCAAUAGUCUCUGCAAAACGCCGUCCGAUCCGACACAACGUUCAUCACCGGUUACUGGUGCCCCCACCUCCCGCUCGCCCACCUCCCUCACCUCCUUACGACCCCCCUCGGAAGACCCGCAGAGCUUUGUCACUCGCGCCUCACCCGUGGCCUUCUCUGUUGAUGGGGAGCAGUUCCUCGUGAGCCUGGCUGACGACGAGGGCAUCACUGACCACUUCUCCUCCGUUGACCAGGGGUAAUUUCCAGUGAAGAUGCCCCUUGUCUGAGCAGCUGUUCUUAUUGAAAUAAUCAAUAAUCGGGGCGGCAGUGGAUACCUUCACACAAACGGGAUAUCGCAGGGCAUUCUAAUGAAAGUACAGCUCUGAAUAUGAUUUUUGUAAAUACAUAUCUAAAUUAACCUAUCCUGGACAAUGUAACUCUGGUUUACUCACACUCAGGUAUCUGGUAGAUGCAACACAAAAAACAUUACAGCAGAGCUCUAUUGCAAUCACCCUAUUUUUCUGAAUACUAAGGUAGACGUCCUUGCCACUUGUGGACUUAAAGGAAACUGUGGAUCAAAGUUCCUGUUGUGAACAUGACGGAGCUUUCUUGACACAGCCAGGAGAUUCAACCGUCCGUUUGGCCUCAUUAUCUGCCGAGAUUCCUGUUUAAAACUCCUAGCCCUUUGUUGGACUUGAAGCAAUAAGUUCCCCAGUGGAUGGUGAUUGUGCAGACCACAACUGCACAUUUAAUAAUUUCCUUUUUUUCACCUUAUUUUGAGACUGCUGCUGAAGAAAAAUUACAUUUCUGUGCCUCAUUCCCAAGGGUUAGUCCCUCAUCGCUUUGAGGAAGGCUGCAGCUCUAACAACUGAAGUGAUGCCGCAUGUCGGAACAAUACACCUGGUAUUGGAUUCAUUUUAUAUCACUGACAAACUGUAUGUAAUGGGGAUCAGUCAUUUAUAAGGUGUUGGAUUGGUGCUUUCCUGUCAGCUAUGCAAGACAAUCUACAGCAUAGCUCAGUCUGUCUGACUUUUGGCUUCACAGUUCCUUAGGGCAUUUCCCAAAGUUUGACAUUAUUCAUUUUGAGUUCAUGAUUUGAUCGCAGCACUGUGUCAAGGACAUUAUGUCAACGCUUCUUUUGUAUUUAGUCUAUUUCACAUUACACAAUGUUCAGCCCGAUCGGCCAGUUGCUGAUCGGUUUUGCAAGUGGCCGACAAACACUUUCGAUCGGCAGUCUGCAAUCGCUAUGUGUGAACUCCUCAAAGACGCGACUAUAGAGACCUGCUGAGGCAUCUCAGACUCUGAUGCCUUUUUAUAGAUGUCAUUUCCAGAUCAGCAGGAGUUUGGGAUGUGCUCGGUUAGUUUUCUCUUGGCCUCAGAUGACUUCGGACAGAAAAUGUGGCCAAAGCUGUUCUCUACUCUUUACAACUGAACCGUUUCAUUGCCUUCACUGCCUUGACACAGAAGAGCAGGAGAUCCACAGGGAUCAGCGUGUCUCCUUGUGUAUGUUUUCGUGAUUUAGAUAUAGUUUCCGGAUCAGUCGGGAGUUCCUCCUGAACUCACAAUUACUGCAAGAUCUCAGAUUACAAGACAGUCAUGUUGUGUGAACUACCAAGUGAGGCAAGUUAUUUUCUGAGGUACAGAUGCAGCCUGUCAUCAACCCUGUGGCUGUUGAUAAACACAACAUUAUUUGGCUACACUUUGACUUGGUACCAACUUAACUGAGAAAUCUCCUUUCUGUAGAAAAACCUGUCCGUGAUCAUAUUGCCAAAUCAACCUUGGAUAGUGAAAGGUUCCUGUUGAAAUUUGAAGUGACCUUUAAGGCUUAAGCUUCUCCUUGUAGCGCUGCUUAACAUUUUUUUUUGAAAACUACAGGAAAAUAAAUCUAUAAACUUAUGAAAAUGUUGUCAUUUAUCUUUAAAACCUACUUCAGAAAGAGCCAGACCUUUGUUGUAGAGCUGAAAUAAUAUCAGAAAACCUCUCUACAACCAUUUUCUUAAUAUUUAGAAUUUAAUUUAAUAAUAAAAAAAAAAAAAUUCUAAAUAUUUGCUGGUCCGAGCUUCUUAAAUAUGAAGAUGUUUUACUUUUAGGAACAUAUAUGAGACAUAUCUGGAUCAGGUAAAUUAUAGCAGGGAACAACAAAAAAUAAUUUGAUCUAUGAUACAAAUAAUUGUUGGGUGCCAGCUUACUGUCAUGUUUACAGUUAUUAGAAAUUGACUAGUUCACACUUGGAAUCGCUGGACCAUAUGUUGAAGUUCAAGCCGGUUAAAGAAUGAUCGACUGCACUGGUGGGUUUGUGUGUGAUGUCAUUAAGAAAAUGAACACAGGGCAGGUUUUAGCAUUCUUGAGAAUUCAACACUAAAAGUCUCAUGUUGGCAUGUUGUGUUUUUUUUAACCUGCUCUUUAGAGCUUCCAGGUCAUCGAUCUUCUUAUUUACAAUCUUUGUUAAUCUCAGUUGACAGAGUUUGCAUCACGAGUGCUGUGCGCCAAAGUUGUGCCCAAGGACCUUGAGGGCUAAAUGGCUGUUAUGUGAAGGUAAACAUGAGUUCACACUGUAUAUUCACUUAUUGUUACUUGUAUUUCAGCAGUUACCUAUAAAGACAAUGAUAAUGAGGUGAUUCAUGUUCUCAGAGUUGAGGUAUAACAAUAGUUAUUACAAUAUAAAAAAGGUUGAAUGUAUAUGAUAUAUUGCUUAUGCAUUGUGUAAACACAGUGUGGAGGUACAACACAUCUACCUCAGAUUUAUAAAAUGUUUUUUCUGUUUGUCGACUGUUUGUCAUUCUCAGCUCAUAAAUAAAUCGAGAUAAUUAUCAA